AUGGGCCACAUCUCCAGGGGUGGGAUCUCCACGGAUGAGAUCUCUGUGGACCAGAUCCCUGUCGGCUGGGAUCCUGGAAUGGCUCGUGACGGGCACAGGGCCUUCGGCUUCAUCUCCAUCUUGGUCCUCGUGGUGGGACCGCUCCUCACCAUCCCACCGCCGGCGCGAGCCGAGGAGGCGGGCAACGAAGGCAACUACCUGCAGGACGAUGAAAAUUCCCGUAUCAUUGGCGGGAGGCCUUGCUCCAUCACCCAGAGACCUUUCCAAGUUGCCCUCACCAAGAGGGGCCAAAUCCUGUGUGGAGGGAGCUUGAUAGACUCCCAGUGGGUUCUGACGGCCGCCCACUGCAAGCAGCCGAGCAGGGACCUCAAGGUGUUAAUCGGGACAGACACGCUACGGGACGGCACGGGGGAAGUGAGGACCGUUUCACGGUUCAUCGUGCACCCGGCCUACAACCCCCGCAAGAACGACAACGACUUCAUGCUCCUGAGGCUGAACAAGCCCGUUCAGUUUAGCAACAACAUCAAGAAGAUCAGAUUAGCCACGAGAUGUCCCACGGAUGGGAUGAGGUGCAGCGUCUCUGGCUGGGGCACGACCAAGUCCCCUGGAGCAAAGCUACCCAAAAAUUUGCAGUGUGCCGGCAUCAUGGCCUUCGGGAGGCAGAAGUGCACCAGGGCGUACGGGAGCUCAGCCAUCACCCCCAACAUGUUUUGCGCCGGGGUCCUACAGGGGGGCAUCGAUUCCUGCCAGGGCGACUCCGGGGGCCCGCUGGUGUGCGACGGGGCGCUGCAAGGCGUCGUCUCGUGGGGCAUGGCGGUGUGCGGGCGCAAGGGGCAGCCCGGCGUCUACGCCAACGUGUGCCGCGCCGCGCCCUGGGUCAGCAGAUACGUCGGGCGGCCGUGCCCGUCCCCGUCGGUGACAUCCACCUCCACGCUGGGGAUGGGCACCUGUCCCCUGAGGUGGCAUCUACGCUGGGGACAGGUGGUCGUCCCCAUCGGUGGCAUCCCUCGGACCUCCACGCCGGGGACAGGCGUCCAUCCUCCCUUGGCAUCCUCCUCUUCCUCCCCGACCCUGCCCGCCAUGGAGCGCCUCCUGCCGCUCCUGCUCCUGGCCGCCGCCGUGGCGGGGGACGAGAACCGCAUCGUGGGAGGCCGCAGCUGCCAGAAGAAGCGCCACCCCUACCAGGUGGUCCUCCUGGGGCCCCAGAAGAACAUUCACUGCGGCGGCGUCCUCAUCGACAAGCUCUGGGUGCUCACGGCCGCCCACUGCGACACCCAGAGCUCCAUCCCCAUCCGCAUGGGCGACCACAGCCUGAAGAGCAAAGAGGGCACGGAGCAGUGCGUCAGCUCAGCCCGGGCUUUCGUCCACCCCAACUACAACCCCACCAGCCACGACAACGACAUCAUGCUCCUGAAGCUCCAGAAGCCGGCCCAUUUCACCGACCACGUGCGGCCCGUGGACCUCCCCGAGAGCUGCCCCCCUCCCAACACCGAGUGCAUCGUGUCGGGCUGGGGCAGCACCAGCAGCCCCGAAGGGUACUUCCCCGACAUCCUCCAGUGCGGCGUGGUCUACACCAUGGCCAACGAGGAAUGCAGCAAGCUGUACCCCAAGGGCAUCACCAAGAACAUGCUCUGCGCCGGCGUCAGGACAGGAGGCACCGACUCCUGCCAGGGCGACUCGGGGGGGCCGCUGGUGUGCGAGGAGAAGCUGCAGGGCAUCGUGUCGUGGGGCAUGCAGGUGUGCGGGCGGCGGGGCAAGCCGGGCGUCUACACCCGGGUCUGCGAGUUCACCGCCUGGAUCCAGGAGACCAUCGAGAGGAACAGCUACAUCUGA